AGAAGACUAGAAAAGUGUUGGCUAGUGUGCUAAGAGGUACAGACUUUGUUGUCAGAUAUGAGCUGACAAUGCCCUCCACUUAUUCUUGCCUGGUGCAGCUUANGNAUUUCAGGGCUAGGGNGAUUACAAUAGGAAGUCAGGCAUAUGUUUAGUGAUGGUGGUUGUGAACAGGGACCUAGCUGAGGAGCCCAGCUUGAAGAAACCUAUGAUGCACUAUCAGGGAUUCACAGUGUCUCUAGAUUUUCCUCUUCCUCAGGCUUCUGUGUGGGACAAAGCAUGGUUUCCCUUUCCCUGCCCUAUUAUCUCUACAAGGUUACAAGUGUUUUUCUACCUACAGGCUCUGUUGGGGAGCCAUCACCCCAACCCCCCACCAUCAAUGAGCAGGAGAAGAGAUGCGAAAGGUUGGAGAAGCUCAAAAGAGAGCUCCAGAACAUAAAAAAUGCCAGAGACAAACUUCAGGGAAUCCUGGCCAAUUACACUAUCAAUAACAGGAUCAACUUUGAGACAUAUAUGCUUGAGAUGCAACAUGACCAGGUGAUGACUGACUUGAAGAGAAUGCCCCAGGGCAACAGUGAGGCCUUGUCCAAGUGCAAGGAGUUGACUAAAGAAAAUCAGUGGUUCAAUUUCAGGAAAUGCCAUCUCCUGAUUGAAUCUAAGCUCAAGCAGCACAAAGUCAGGAUGUUGAGGAAGAACAGACAGCUGCUAAGGGAGCAGAUUGCAUUGGCAGAAUGCAACAUAGCAACAAAAAUACUAUGUAAAGAAGGCAGCCAGAAGAUCAAAGACCACUAUACUAAGCAGCAGCAGGUAGGAUGA